GGCCUUAAGAGAUGCUCGCCUGAGCGGCCGCGCCGACCAUGAGCGCGCAGGGCGGCAGCAGGAGCGACUCCCGCCUCCUGGGCCAGCAGCAGCAGCAGCAGCGGGCGGCGGGCAGCGGGCGGCGCGGAGCCGAGCGGGGCCCCGGACGGGACGGGAGAGGCUGCCCCCCAGAGCCGGCCCCGCCCGAACUCAGCUCCCGGAGGCCCCUGUGCCAGCCGGGCUGCGCGGCAGACAGCGGAGGGUUCCCCAGGCAGGCGGCGCCAGACGGGGCCCGGCGGGGCGGCAAGGGGCCCUCCCGCUCGGCCCGACAGCAGCCCGGCCCCGGCCAGGACGCGUCGCCGCUGGCGGAGAGGGCUGGACUGGCCGCAGAGGCGGCGGCGGCGGCGGGGGAGUCCGGACAGGUCGCCAGCCGAAGGUCCAGCAGAGAGUCCCUCAAGCUCCCCGACGGCGCGUCCCCCAAGGGCGGCGACAGGAGCCCCGCUGCCAAGCCCGGCAGCAGCCACCGGCGUGGGGAAGCCGACCCGCUCUUCCACCGGCUCCACCCCAUCCUCAGCUCGGUUUUCGGCCAGAUCCACCAUGAUGAGAAGACAAGCUAUAAGGCUGUCCAGACGAGUGAGGAGGGGCCGUCGGGCUGCGAGUACCAGGGCCCACUCAUGGUGCUGGCCCAGAACUGCGCCGUGAUGCACAACCUGCUGGGGCCAGCAUGCAUCUUCCUGAGGAAGGGCUUCGCAGAAAACAGGCAGCCAGACAGAGAGCUGCGUCCAGAAGAAAUAGAAGAGUUGAGGGAAGCCUUCAAGGAAUUUGACAAAGACAGAGAUGGCUACAUCAACUGCCGGGACUUGGGGAACUGUAUGCGGACCAUGGGUUACAUGCCUACUGAAAUGGAGCUUAUAGAAUUGUCCCAACAGAUCAACAUGAAUUUGGGUGGCCAUGUAGAUUUUGAUGACUUUGUGGAGCUGAUGGGACCAAAGCUUCUGGCAGAGACAGCAGACAUGAUUGGGGUCAAGGAAUUACGAGAUGCUUUCAGAGAGUUUGACACCAAUGGGGAUGGUGAGAUCAGCACCACUGAACUACGAGAAGCUAUGAAGAAGUUGCUUGGGCAGCAGGUGGGACACCGGGAUAUAGAGGACAUAAUACGGGAUGUAGACCUGAAUGGAGAUGGGCGAGUGGAUUUCGAAGAGUUUGUCAGGAUGAUGUCCCGCUGAAGAUGGUUUUAGGGCUGAAAAUUAAACAGUACCUGAGAGUAGAAAAGGGACUGAAUGGAGCAUCUAGCCCCAAUGUUCCUAUGCAAAGAUUGACACGCCAGCUGCACAUGAGCCAGUGCAAUACAGUGACCUGCCUCUCUGACCCAAAGUGGCCCUAUUGCUCCUUCACCCUUCCACACUGUGAAAAGACUUGCAAUCUCCUACAACUGGAACCGCUCCUUGGAGAAGCUAGCCAUGGGAAAGCUGCACUCUGGGAGCAGUCUGAUGAGACCUCCUUCCCUGCUCUUGCUCUUCCGCCAACUGCUGCAAAGCAACAAGAGGAGAAGUUUUUUCCGGAACUGGUAGCUUACAGCGAGGCCAUCCGGGAUUGGUGCCUGCCAUAGACUGUGCUCUGCGCCUGUUUUUCCUUGGUGAACUGAGUCUGUGUGUGCUGCCUCCAUGUGUGUGUUUAAUGUUAUUUAUGCCUCCUUGGAAUGUUUAUGUGUCUCCUCUGGGUAUGUUAAUAAGAGAAAAAAACAAAUAUAUGUUUUUGAGAGGAUCAGAUAAAUAUAAAAAUAUGAAACUUUG